GCGCUGGUUGGCAGGUCACCGUUGGCUGGCGGCCGUCUCGGCGGGCUUCCUCCCCGCAUCCCCCCAACCUGCCCGGCCGUCACCAUGGUGCUGCUGCACGUGAAGCGGGGCGACGAGAGCCAGUUCCUGCUGCAGGCGCCCGGGAGCAGCGAGCUGGAGGAGCUGACGGUGCAAGUGACCCGGGUCUACAAUGGCAGGCUCAAGGUGCAACGCGUCUGCUCAGAAGUGGAAGAGCUGGCGGACCAUGGCGUGUUUCUCCCGCCCAACAUGCAGGGGCUGACUGACGAGCAGGUGCAGGAGCUGAAGCUCCGGGACGAGUGGGGUGAGAAGUGCGUGCCCAGCGGCGGCGCCGUGUUCCAGAAGGACGACAUCGGGCGCAGGAACGGGCAAGCCCCAAAUGAGAAAAUGAAGCAAGUUCUAAAGAAGACAGUGGAAGAGGCCAAAGCCAUCAUAUCCAAGAAACAGGUGGAGGCCGGCGUGUGCGUGACAGCGGAGAUGGUGAAGGACGCCCUGGACCAGCUCCGAGGGGCCGUCAUGAUCGUCUACCCCAUGGGGCUGCCACCCUACGACCCCAUCCGCCUGGAAUUCGAGAACAAGGAAGACCUGUCGGGCACCCAGGCCUCACUCAGUGUCAUCGCGGAGGCCGAGGCCCAGCUCUGGUGGGCAGCCAAGGAGCUGCGGAGAUCCAAGAAGCUCUCAGACUACGUGGGCAGGAACGAGAAGACCAAGAUCAUCGUCAAGAUCCAGCAGCGGGGCCAGGGCGCCCCGGCCCGGGAGCCCAUCAUCAGCAACGAGGAGCAGAAGCAGCUGAUGCUCUACUACCACCGGAGACAGGAGGAGCUCAAGAAACUGGAGGAAAAUGAGGACGACGACGCCUGCCUCAACUCCCCGUGGGCAGACAACACGGCGCUCAAGAGGCACUUCCAGGGCGUGGCAGACAUCAAGUGGAGGCCCCGAUGAUCACCACCCCCAGAGUGACCACAGUGCAGUGACCACCCCUCCCGGCAGCAGAGGUGGUUGGAGUCCGAUGUCUAUGGAGUAGGGUUUUUGGAGUUUGGAUUUUUGAAAAUCAAAUUUGCUAGAACUUCAUACAUUAUUUUUUUUAGAAACAGAAA